AUGGUUGAAGACAACGUGACCGGAGUUCAGCUAACUGAGUCCUUGGCGGAGACAGAGGCCGCCUUGAAAUUGUGCAUCAUUGCCGUUAUGUGUGUGUUGAUCAUCCUGGGGAACACGGCUGUGAUUUUGGUCAUCUCCUCCUCGGUCUCGGGGUGGUCGAGAAACAGCCGUCUCGUCCUGAUUUCACUAACUGGGGCGGACGCUGCCCUGGCGCUAAUAAUCAUCCCCCUGAAUUUGUAUGUGCACAGUGUGCGGCAGCUCCGUAACCAAACUGACUCUCCCUUCUGUCACACCGUGGUAUUUCUUGAUGCCAGCAUCCUUACCUCUUCCAUCUACUCCCUGGCCACCAUCAGCAUCGAGCGCUACAUCGCCGUAUUCUUCCCGCUCCGAUACGGCAGGUUGAUGACCCAGUGCAGAAUUAAAGCCCUCAUUGCUCUCGUCUGGCUCUUGCCUCCGAUCCUCCUGUUUCCCGUGUCCAUCCCACGUGGAAUUGUCAAAGUAUAUUUCUCAAGAGCCUCCCUGAUCUGCAACCUGGAUUUUUCCAGCAACGCGACAUACACCCUGCUGCUGACGGCGUUCAUCUUCUUUCCCUGUUCACUCAUCAUAACCUUCGCUAAUUGCCGUCUCUGGUUUGCAGCCAGGAGUCAGAGAAAUCGGUUUAAGCCGUCGAAGGUGAAUAGGCGGCGCGAUGCUGCGUCCAGAGUUCUGCUGCCCGUGGUUGUCGUCUAUUACAUCUGUUGGAGUCCCUGCGUCUGCACCAUGAUCUACCAGGCACUAACACAUCAGAGUGUGCCGGACUGGAUGGAGUUUGUUGCCCUUUGGUUGCCGUGUGGAAAUGGUUUCUUCAACUGUAUUGUAUACUUUUGGUUGAACAAGAGUUUCAGAAAAAAGUUCCAGGAAAUGGGACAAAAACUCUCAAUCAAGUAA